GUUGAGCACAGUGGUUUUUCUCCUGCUUCUCUCCUCUCCACACGAGCCAAACUGUUCUGUGCCGCCGUGGAUGUGAAGUCCCUGCACUGCCUCUGCCUCUUCUCCUCCCCAAACUCCCCGGGCCUCAAGCAGCAGCUGCAGAGCCCUGAAAGCUCUGCCCGGAUCCAGAUGGAAUAUGGACAAGGAGAUGGAUAGCAGGAGGGGAGAAAGAGUGAAGUUGGUUAUUUUUCUGGCACAUGGAUGCAAUUACACUCAGUGCAUUCCAGAGGCGUUCCUUUGAAUCCUGUGCAGGUCUGCCUGCUGUUCCUGGGAGAAAGGAAGGAAGAAAAAGGGAGGAAAAGUCUCUUGCUUGGAGACGGAAUGUCUGCACUUCCAAUCCUCUUCUUAGCUUCCUGUUCUGUUUGGAUGUGCAAGGCUCAGACUGAGUUUAAGAGGGUGGCUGAGGAAAACGUGACCCUGCCCUGUCACCACAGCCUGGGCCUCCUGGAGCAGGGCAGCCUGGACAUCGAGUGGCUGCUGCACAUCUCGGAAACCGUGCAGAAAGCGGUGAUCACCUACUCCGGGGGCCGUGUCUAUGAUGACCUGAAUGAGGAGCAGAAAGGUCGUGUUUCCUUCACAUCCAACUUCCUGGCUGGAGAUGCCUCCUUACAGAUCAUCUCCCUGCAGUCCAGCGAUGCAGGGAAGUACAUCUGCAAGGUGAAAAAUGCUGGGCAGUAUGAAUGGUCUCGAAUCACCCUCAAGGUGGUAGAGAAACCUUCCAAGCCCAAGUGCUGGCUGGAGGGGGAGAUGCUGGAAGGGAAGGAGCUGUCCCUGCAGUGCCGCUCUGCCUCUGGCACCCUGCCCAUCUCCUACCGCUGGCAGCGCAUCGACGAGGAGGACAGAGCUGAGCACCUCCCACCCAACUCCAGAGUCAACAUUUCUAAUCCUGGGCAAGUCCUGCUGAAGAACCUCACCCAGAUGAGCACGGGGUUGUACCAGUGUGUGGCCACCAACGAGGCUGGGCAGGAGAGCUGUGCUGUGCAGGUGACAGUGCAGCAUGCCCAAAAUAUCGGCAUGAUCGCCGGGGCAGCGUGUGGGGUGGUGGUGGGACUCUCCCUCCUCCUCCUGGUGGUGAGGCUGACGAUAAGGAGGAAAGAAAAGAAGAGAUAUGAGGAAGAGGAGGCACCAAAUGAAAUCAGAGAAGAUGCAGAGGCACCCAAGGCCCAUCUGGUCAAGCCCAGCUCCUCCUCCUCUGGCUCCAGGAGCUCCCGCUCAGGUUCCUCCUCCACCAGGUCCACAGCCAACAGUGCCUCCCGCAGCCAGCGGACUUUGUCCACGGAAGCCACCCCUCACCUCACCCCUCCCCAGUACAGCCAGAGGGAGAUGGAAGGGAAGGAGAUGGAGCCAAAGAAGGUCGACUACAACAACCUGAUGAAAAUGGGAGCCACGCUGGUGAUGGUGCCUGCCCAGAGCCGGGCGUUCCAGACCGUGUGACCCUCGGGAGGCUCCUGCUGCCCAGAAACACUUCACACACCACCAGCCACAUAGGAGUUGUUAGAUUAGCUAAUUAUCUUCCUGGUCAGCUUCAUUUUAAUCACUCGUGAUUAUUCACACCACAAGAAGCCCUCCCACUUAACUCUCGUACAUCUUCCAGCACUGAGGUUAUGAUACAGGAUUUUCUUUUAUUGAAGUUCCGAUAUGGGAUUUUCUUUUAUUGAAGAAAGAUACAUUUGAGGGAAAAGGGAGGCAUCUGAGGGAAAAGGGAGGCAUUUGAGGGAAAAGGGAGCUUCUUUUUAAAUUAUCUCUUAUUGGGUUUUUUUUAUUUUUUUGGAAAUGGAACACUGAGCAUUUAAAAACUGCAACAGCAAAGCGCUGUGCAGGUGAAAAGAAACCAAACCUCAGGAUUUUUUAAAAGGGAUCAACAGAGACAUAAAGAUGCAUAAUGUGCCAGAGAGAGGUUUUGUGGGGAGGGAGAAGUCUCUUGUACCAGUUUUGGAGAACUUUCUCAAAGAUGCAUGGUCUCACCUGAAGAUUUUGAGGGCAGGCUGGUGUCCAGCCUCAAAGGGGACUGAAGGUGCUUCACUUUUUCUCCAUUCAGUCUCCUAGUGAAAUGCUUUUGGAGGCUGGAACUGAAGUGGAAAUGAAAGGAUCACUCCAACAGGUCAGGAGAUGCAGUAUUAAGGCAAGUGUCUGAACUGAACUCUGUAUUAAAGAGAAAGGACCUUUUAUGUCAAGAAAACAGAGGUGCUUUAAUUGCCAGAAUAAACUUACUGGUGCACCCAGAGACACGGCCUGGAGCCUGCUCUGCUUUCAUGGCCAGCACUGCAAAGCCACAGAAACCCCUCUGGAGUGGGAUCUGUGGCAAAUGAGCCUUAGUGAGAUGAGAACUGGGCCCUGAAUCCAGAAGGGAGGCAGUUCCUCAGAAGGGGAGGGCCACCAAUCUACCAAAAAGCCUGGAUGAAGCAUUUGGAAGAUAUUUGUCCUUGGCAGGUGGUGAAUUCCCCAGUUUUGGGGGGAGCUGUGCUGUAGAAGCCUUAUGGAGAGCUCUUCCCAAGACUAAACCAACAGCACUCUUGAGGUGGCCUCCAGGUAAGACUGAAGGACAUGAGGAAAACACACCUGGGACAGGUAAAAAAGCACAAUGCUGCUUCCACCAGGAGAUAUUUGUGUGCAUUGUCCCAUUCCUACACCAAAUGCUGGGCCACGUGCUAUAGCUGAGGCUUAAACCUUUAGCAAGGUUCUUAAAAAACUGCAAGAAUUGUAACAAAUAUUUUUUGUGAUUAACCAGACUAAACAUUUGCAAGGAAUAUAAAGUCUUACACUUCAAGUUGAAGGCCAAUAGGAAAGGAUGGGAGACAGAUGCAGAGUUCUGUCAUUUGUAUUUUCCUCUGAAGGACUUGGCUCUGACCACUGCUACACACAAGACACUGAGCUUGUAGGUUUUAGAUUCCUGUAUUCCUGGACUGAUGAUUUUCUGUUAAAAAAAAAAGAGGGUGGACUUUUUUUUUUUUUCCAUUUGAGGGGAGGGAAGGUUUUCUUCAAUUUGUGGGAUGAGUCUAUAGAAGAUGGACCUGCACAGAAGAACCACAGAUCUAUAAUUCUUUCACUCCAGGACUGUAAUUUAUCUCCUUUUUUGACUAAGGGUUGGAAUCAUAACUUCCUUACUUGAGAUCUUAAAGAACCUGAUCACAGCCAAGCCCUGCUUGGGCUGCUUCCAUAUGGGAAAUAGAUUUCAAACUUCCCCUAUAUUAUAUGAGAACCUCUUUUCCUAGGAGUAGUCACUCAUUUUCAUCAGAUGUACCAAAAUUUCACUCGCUUUCUCUACCCCUGAGUCAACCCUUGGCAGGACAAAGUGCUGAUGUUGUGCAAGGAAGACAAUCCUGAGUUUAAGGUUUAAGCAAAGGGGAGCUGGUAGGAGGUGUUUGAUAAGCUGCUGCUUCCAUGGUGUUGGAUCCUGGUGUUGGAUACUCUGUCAUUUUACCCAGAGAGCUUCCCUGGGUGCUCCAGGAGCACAUUCCUGAUCAGCUGUUUGGAGAGGCAGCUCUAAGUGCCUGUGAUUCCUCUGCAGUUGCUCUUUUCCAGAGCCCUGGGGGAAUCCCAAGAGCAGGAAUAGGAUGGCUGAAGCAGUUUGGGGCUUCUCCUAUGGCUGCCUAUUGUGCUUCAUGUCACCUGUGCUGCAGCUGAGGAUCCUCACUCCGUGCACACAAACCCCCGAGUGCUUCUCUCCUGCCUGGGCAACCAGGAACUCCUCACCACAAACUGAGGGUGACAAUUCCAACAGCUCAGCUGGUCCCAGCCUGAGAACCAAAGGUUUGCUUUGAGUCACGGGCCAGAUUUAUAAUUAUUAGGGAGGAGGAUCCCCUGUCUGCAGCCUGGAGGCUCGGAGAAUGCACCAGCCUGCUCCUGGAGGAGUUUCUGGAGGCCUUUGGGAAUUAGCUGCAGGACAGAUCAGCUGUGGCAACCCUCUCCUGGUGUCCCAACCCUCCUGGAGCAGAGAAGUCACUCCUUGCCCUGUGAGGCAUCAGUGUGGCUGCAGGGGCUGAGAGGUUUAUGAGCCUUUUGGUGAAGGUCAGUUGGAGGAAUGGCUGAAGCCUGGAAUGUGUGAUCAUUCCUGGCUGUUCCAAGCCCUGUUGGGAAGCAGUUGAGGUACCUGCUAUCCAGGUAUCUGCAUAGAAACCCUGCCAGAAAAAGCACCUCUCCUGCCAUGCAACAAAGGUGUGUGGCCCUGCUUAGGGAACGUGGGCACCACAAUGAUUUAAAAUCACUAACUCUGAAACACUGAGGUGCUUUCCAGCCCCCACAUCAGAGAUCUCCCAGGGGAACACAAAGUCAGUGCUGCACUUCUGCUGCCAGCAGGAAACCCAGAGGGAAAAUUCCUUACUCAAAGGGAACAGGAGAAAGAGAUCAUUCCAAAGGUAUUCCGUUUUCAGGAGUUGCACAAGGGAAGCAAAUGAACCAUAAGCCAAACUCUUUGUAAAAUAGUGUAUUAAAGCAUUUACUGUCAUAUACCAGUUAUUACUUGUGUGAUUAAAGACCAUGUUAUGUAGCUUUCUUUUGUUUCUCAGCAGCUGAACUAAGCUUCCAUCUCCUCUACCUGCUAUAAUUGGUGUACUUGUACUGUGUCUGAACAGCUCAGAGGAAAGCAAAUAUUUAUUAUUGAUUCCUUUGAAUCAAUGAUUUCAUAAUUUUUUUUUUGGUUGGUUGUUUUAUAAAUAAAGGUGCUGCAGCUAAAGUGCUGCAGCUCAACUCAA